AUGGGCAAUAGGGAUAAUUUUCAAGACGAUUUUGAGGGUUCAGCAGACACUGGGUGUGAUCCAACUUUACAGGCCACCAAUAUCUCUGAGCCUGUAAGCGAAUUUCCAGGGGAACAGUGCAAGGGAGAACCAAGUCGAAGUAAAAGGAACUUCGAGGAAAUUAUCUUUCGAAACUCUACAACAACUGAAAAUAACGUUGAUAUUGACAAGCUCUGUGGAGAACCAAGGAGAAAGAAGCAUGAUCAAAGGCCGAAAAGAAUUCGUUCUGCUGAUAUGCAUAACAUUUAUGAGAGAAGGCGUCGGGACCAGAUUAACGAAAAGCUGCGGAAUCUUCAGAAAUUGUUACCCAAUUGUCGCAAGCACGACAGAGUUUCCAUGCUGGAAGAUGCUGUUGAACAUAUCAAAGCCUUAAAGCUCCAAGUUAAGAUGAUGUGCAGGGGUGGAGGAGCAAUAUUGUGGCAAACCCCAUCAUCUUUGCCACAGGUUGGAAUUCCAAACAUGCAGGUUCCCCAGUUUUCCCAAUUUGCACCCAUCAAACCAUUUCUAGGAAUGGGAAUGGGAAUGUUCGGUAUGUGCCAUUCUUUGGGUCCUCCGAUGAUAUCACUUCCCUCAGCCUGUCUACAACCCUCGCUAUCGACAGCAGCGGCAGCAGGAAUGCAUCCAAUUUCUGCUCAUGGAAAUGUUCCCAUCCCUGCAAAUGCCAUUCUUUUCUUCACAACCAUCACCUGCAACCACAGCCGCAUCUACUAUGUUUCUAACAUCUGCGACUGGAUCCUCUCCGGUAUGCAAUAG